CCUUCUGCCUGUGGCUCUCUUCUGGUAUCCUCCUGCAGACCCUCAGUAAGUCUCUCUUAGCCGGACUCUGCAGGCUGUCCAGAGCCUGGCCACGCCCACAUUUCUUUUCUACAAACUUGGGGGGAGAAGAGAAUAUCCCGCCCCCCUCCCCCUCGCACUGUGUUAGGACCAAAAGGAGCUCGGAACUGGGGAAGCCUGGUGCCCAGGGACCCUUUUCUUCCCGAAAGUCAGGACAAUGGAGCAACUUAAAGUGAGCAGGGCGAGCACAGGCACCACCAGCCCUCUAACCCACCGGGGAGGGGUGGGAGCGGGUGCCAUUCGGGCCCACCGAAGGCGUAGAAGAAUGAAGGGGAGGGAGACGGGGCUCACGCUGGAAGUUCUGAAGAGAGGCUCUGGAGGAGGGCCAGCCCAAAGGCCAAGGCGGGGCAAUUCUUGCUCUGAACCGGCGGCGCUGAGGCCUCCGAGAAACCGGAAGUUAAGAUCUUAUCCAAUUCCGGGUCCUCCACUUCCAAAGCUUUUCCCGCUUCGGCUCCUUAUCUGACCCUGGAACUCCCUCCGCCGGGCGCCUCAAGCCUGGAGAUAAGGCCAGGAAAAGAUGGAGGAACUUCACCAGAUGGACUCAUUGGGGCUACUUUACUGCCUUUACAGGGAGCCUGGAGUCCCAGGAAUGACCUUGGAGAGGGACAGGCUCCCAGGCCAGGAGGCGGUGACAUUCAAGGAUGUGGCUGUGGAGUUCACUCGGGAGGAGUGGUGCCUCUUGUCCCCUCCCCAGAAGGAGCUGUAUAAGGAGGUGAUGCUGGAGAAUGCCCAGAAUCUGCUCUCUGUGGGGCUACCAGCUCCCCCAGAAGACAUGAACUCUUAUUUGGAGCAGAGGGAAUCCCUGUGGAUGCUGGAGCAAGAAGGCCUGAGGAGCUGCUAUCCAGGAGAGAUUAGACCUGAAAUGAAGGCAAAUCCAACAGAGAUGAGCCUUCCUGUGGAAGAAAUGGACCUACAAAGAUUCAUGAGUGAUGGUACCAAUGACUUUUCAUUCAAUAGAUUCUGUGUUCCACCUCCAAAUUCAUCUCAUAUUGAACAUCAAAGAAUGCACAUUGAGAAAAAAUCUAGUGAAAGUAAUCAGUGCAAAAAGACUUUUAUGCACAGGUUCAGUCUUGCUGGACAGCAGAGGAUUCACACUGGAGAGAAACCUUAUGAAUACAAACAAUGUGGAAAGACAUCCAUAUGCAGCUCCUUUCUUCCUAUACAUCAGAGAAUGUGCACUAAGGAGAAACCUUAUGAAUGCAAGCGAUGUGGAAAGACAUUCAGUCAGAGUGACAGUCUUUCUGUACAUCACAGAAUGCACACUGGGCAGAAAAUUUAUGAGUGCAGGCAUUGUGGAAAUACAUUCAGUUACACCCCCAGUCUUACUAUUAAUCAGAGGAUCCUCACUGGGGAGGAACCUUAUGAAUGCAAGCAAUGUGGAAAGGCAUUUAGUCAGAUCUCUGCUCUUACCUUUCAUCAGAGAAUCCACACUGGAGAGAAACCUCAUGAAUGUCAGCAAUGUGGAAAGGCAUUUAGUCAGAGCUCUGCUCUUACCUUUCAUCAAAGAAGGCACACUGGAGAGAAGCCUCAUGAAUGCAGGCAAUGUGAAAAGACAUUCAGAUAUAUCUCCCAACUUGCUGUUCAUCAGAGGAUCCACACUGGGGAGAAACCUUAUGAAUGCAAGCAAUGUGGAAAGACAUUCAGUCGGAGUGACAAUCUUUCCGUACAUCAGAGAAUGCACACGGGGGAGAAACCUUAUGAAUGCAAGCAGUGUGGAAAGACAUUCAGUUAUACAUCCAGUCUUGCUGUCCAUCAGAGGAUCCACACUGGGGAGAAACCUUAUGCAUGCAAGCAAUGUGAGAAGACAUUCAGUCGGAGUGACAAACUUGCUGUGCAUCAGAAAAUCCACACUGGAGAGAAGCUUCAUGAAUGCAGGCAAUGUGGAAAGACAUUCAGAUGUAGCUCCCAACUUGCUGUUCAUCAGGGUAUCCACACUGGAGAGAAGCCUCAUGAAUGCAGGCAAUGUGGAAAGGCAUUUAGACAGAUCUCUGCUCUUACUUUUCAUCAGAGAGUCCACACUGGGGAGAAACCUUAUGAAUGCAAGCAAUGUGGAAAGACAUUCAAUCGGAGUGACAAUCUUUCUGUACACCAGAAAAUCCACACUGGGGAAAAACCUUAUGGAUGCCAGCAAUGUGGAAAGGCAUUUAGUCAGAUCUCUGCUCUUACCUUUCAUCAGAGAAUACAUACUGGAGAGAAACCUCAUGAAUGCAUGCAAUGUGGAAAAGCAUUCAGUCGAAGUGACAAGCUUGCUGUACAUCAGAAAAUCCACACUGGAGAAAAGCCUCAUGAAUGCAGAGAAUGUGGAAAGGUAUUUAGUCAGAUCUCUGCUCUUACCUUUCAUCAGAGAAUCCACACUGGGGAGAAGCCUUAUGAAUGCAAGCAAUGUGGAAAGAAAUUCAAUCGGAGUGACAAUCUUGCUAUACAUCAGAAAAUGCACACUGGGCAGAAACCGUAUGAAUGCAAGGAGUGUGGAAAAACAUUCAGUUACACAUCCAGUCUUGCUGUCCAUCAGAGGACCCACACUAGGGAGAAACCUUAUGAAUGCAAGCAAUGUGAAAAGACAUUCAAUCAGAGUGACAAGCUUGCUGUACAUCUGAAAAUCCACACUGGAGAGAAGCCUCAUGAAUGCAGGCAAUGUGGAAAGACAUUCAGAUAUAGCUCCCAACUUGCUGUUCAUCAGAGGAUCCAUACUGGGGAGAAACCUUAUGAAUGCCAGCAAUGUGGAAAAGCAUUUAGUCAGAGUUCUGCUCUUACCUUUCAUCAGAGAAUCCACACUGGGGAAAAACCUUAUGAAUGUCAGCAAUGUGGAAAGGCAUUUAGUCAGAGCUCUGCUCUUACCUUUCAUCAGAGAAUCCACACUGGGGAGAAACCUUAUGAAUGCCAGCAAUGUGGAAAGGCAUUUAGUCAAAGCUCUGCUCUUACUUUUCAUCAGAGAAUCCAUACUGGAGAGAAGCCUCAUGAAUGCAAGGAGUGUGGAAAGACAUUCAGAUACACCUCCAGUCUUGCUGUUCAUCACAGGAUCCACACUGGGGAAAAACCUUAUGAAUGCAAGCAGUGUGGAAAGGCAUUUAGUCAAAACUCUGCUCUUACCUUUCAUCAGAGAAUACACACUGGAGAGAAGCCUCAUGAAUGCAAGCAAUGUGGAAAGGCAUUCAGUCGGAGUGACAAGCUUGCUGUACAUCUGAAAACCCACACUGGAGAGAAGCCUCAUGAAUGCAGGCAAUGUGGAAAGGCAUUUAGACAGAGCUCUGCUCUUACUUUUCAUCAGAGAAUCCACACUGGGGAAAAACCUUAUGAAUGCAAGGAGUGUAGAAAGACAUUUGGUUACCCCUCCAAUCUUGCUGUUCAUCAGAGGAUCCACACUGGGGAAAAACCUUAUGAAUGCAAGCAAUGUGGAAAGACAUUGAGAUAUAGCUCCCAACUUGCUGUGCAUCAGAGGAUCCACGCUGGGGGGGGAACCUUAUGAAUAGCAGCAAUGUGGAAAGGCAUUUAGUCAGAACUAUGCUCUUGCCUUUCAUCAGAAAAUCCACACUGUGGAUAAUCCUUAUGAAUAUAAGCAGUAUGAAAAGACAUUUUAUCAGAGCUCUGCUCUUGCUGUUCAUCAGAGGAUCCACACUGAGGAGGAACCUUAAGAAUGAAAGCUAUGUACAAUAGUCUUUACAUGUAACUCCAGUCUUGCUAUUCUAUGAAGGAAAUUUAACUUCCCCCCCUUUCUGGGCAACAUACUUGGCAUGAGCCUAGACUUGACUCAGAGGCAAGAAUUGUGUGGUGGAAACCAUUGAGUGAGUAUAGAAUGGUAGCAGGAAAUGGCAGCAAAUUCCCAAAUAAAUUAAAUACCUUUUUGUUAUUUGGGAUGCCUAGAGCAAGGGCAGGCAGAAUAGCCUAUUUCAAUAUAGAAAGAGCUGGCAUAUGUUCUGUCUCUAAACUAACUGGUUGAGUGACUGAAUUUUUUUGUCUGCUAUACUAUAAGGGGUUUAGUGAUUUCCCCAUAGCUGGGAAUCCACUGUCUACAAAACCCUGUUGCUCCUAGAAUUGCUUUAAACAGUUUCUUAGUGGAGGGUUGCUUAAUUUUUUUAAUGUUUUCGAUGAGCUUAGGGAAAUGAAGUGGGUACCAGCAGUUAAAAUGAACCCUAAAUACUCCACUUUGGGGAAACACCACUGAACUAUUGCCUUCGAGAUCUUGUGUCCUCUUAUAGAGUUCCAAAACAUGUUUGACAUUAGGUGAGGCCAAAAGUAAGUAUAAAAAGUCUCUAGUGACUCACUUUAAACUUGAUAUUUCCUAACCUUUAUGUUAAAAUGUGAAAAAAAUGAAGUGGGACUUUCAACGUUUCAUUGGCAAACAAAAGCAUGCCCCUUUGGGACCUUUCCAGGUGAAAGUAAAUAUAUUUCUGGAAUCUCAUUGAAUGGGUAUUGAGAAAAAUGCUAAAUAGGACGCUGCUACCACAAAAUAUGAGGCAGUGCUAGGAAUAGAGGAGAAAUUGAGGUGGGCUUAAAACCACAGUGUCUUGAUUGUUUACAGCCCUUAAAUGUACAAAUUGAGAGACAGGUUUUACAUUUACAUCUAACUUUUGAUCUUUAACAAGUAAUAUAGAUGUGUUGUAUUCUGAUUUACAUAAAAUUAUUUGCAUUUCAAUUAAACAACUUUAUCACUGGGGUAAUUCUACCAAUUGCCUCUUUUGAUAGGGGAUACUGAGGAAUGGAAGGAGGUGGAUCCCCUUUGGUUUUGCACAGGAACAACUGAUUUCAGUAGGCCUAUAUAGAAAGAUGUGGUCCAGAGAUUCAGGUAUAUCUACUGGUAUUUCAACGGUGAGAGGUUUGUCUAUCUCCUGUCUAAAAGUAGUACAGGGAGCAAAUUCAAAUAUUCAUGCAAUCCUAGUUUCAUAGCAGCAUUUUGAGAGCAUGUUAUUGUGGCUCUAAGUUUACAUAAAAGGUCCCUCCAUAAUAAAUUUAUAGGGGAUUUAGGCAUUAGAAGGAAAGAGUGUUCUACUGAUAGAGGUCUCAUAGACAAUCUUUGAGAGGAAAGCUUUGGGACCUUCAGAAGUGUUCCAGAUAGGGGGCAGCUGGGUAGCUCAGUGGAUUGAGAGCCAGACCUAGAGACAGGAAGUCCUAGGUUCAAAUCUGGUCUCGGACACUUCCCAGCUGUGUGACCCUGAGCAAGUCACUUGACCCCCAUUGCCUAGCCCUUACCACUCUUCUGCCUUGGAACCAAUACACAGUAUUGAUUCCAAGGUAGAAGGUAAGGGUUUGUUUUUUUUUUAAAGAAGUGCUCCAGAUACACCUACUACUUUUAGGCAACCAAUAGAACAGCACUUGGAAUCUAGUUUUUUCAACUCUGAUCUGGAAGCUUCAGUGUCUAAGAGGCAAUCAUGUACCCAAUUUUCAAGGUUACAUGAGGCUCAUCACAAUUGUGAGAAAAAAUGAAUGAAUACUGCACUGCAAGUAUUUAAAUUUUAUAGGAUUUAAUAACAGCAAGAGUGAGAGUAAGUACUUUCUUCCGCUGAGUAAAUAAAGCACAGAGCUAGUGACCCACAUCUGCAAUGCUUUACCAAAGCAAGAGCCCCCAAAAGUCCCCCAGUGUGGAGUUUCAGCCAAAUUUAUCUUUCAAAUGUCAGAACACAAAAUGAGGAUGUAACUUAAAAAGAAUACUGGGUAUGUAUAAUUCAUGUGUAUCAAAUUACUAUUGGCACUUUCCCCACUAUGAUCCUUUUAGGAGACCAGUCUCCCUAAUGGAUCAUUUUAAACAUAAUUAACUUAAAACUUUAAAGAUUUUUGACUUUAGGUGUAUAUAUUAGUUUCUAAAGGAAAAUUAUAAUAAUUUGGGGGAAAGGGAGGAAAAGAAAAAGAACAAAAUUAAUAUUAAGUGCAUUAACAAAAAACAAUUAGGGAGCUGUCCCUUUUGACAUAAGAGUGUACAUUCAAAAUGAGUGCAUUCAACCCCCCUCCCCCCAGUUCAAAUUCCCCACAUCUCACAGUUUACUGGACCUUUUAGUUUGGAAUGUGGUCUCUGAAUGCAUCUUUAUGGUGACUUCUCCAAAAAGUUCACCUUCUGGAUUCUACGAAGUAGUUUCUUGUACCAAAUUAGGCUCAAAUUCAAAUCAAAGUUCACAAUAACAGUCCCCACUGAGCAGGAUAAUAACACAUAAAGAAAUAUUCAAAUCACACAGGGAUACAUGGUUGAGGCAUGAGGCAUAUGAAUUACUGCCAAUCAAAAACAUCAGAAAAUAGCACCAAAAGCCAAAUAACUACUGGAUGAAAAUUCUAGAUAUCCAAUUCCAAAUGUUAUAUGUAAAAAAUUCUAAAUAAGGAAAAACAAAAUCACACUAGGUCCUUGAAUAAUGGAUUGAUUAAAGCAAUUUAUAUCUUAUAAGUACAUAACAGCAAUCAUGCACUUACCCACUCAACAGCCAGGGUUAUAGUCAACUGCCACAGCAUAAAAGAUGGAAAAGGGACUAGAUUUUUAUUAUUUUGUCUGAUCUUUCAUUGUUCCUCAGGGAUAGGGGAACCAGAACAGCCAAUUGUUAGGUACUUGAUAUAAAGUAUUGUACAAGGAAUGUGGUACAAGGAGUCUUUUGCCUUAAACAUAUGUCAAGUACCACAACCUUGAGUCUCACACUAGGUUCAAAUCCUUUCGUAUUAGCAUAGGAUUUCAUCAAUCCUACCUGGAUUGGUUUCUUUUUGACCAGUGUGCUCUUGUGGCACUAUUCAGGUUAAGUUCGUGCUUCUGUAGCACUGUGUACAUGAAAUCCUUGCUCCCUUUUGAUUCCAUUUCUUUGAAUCAGACAUAUUCACAAAGCAGUUUCAUAAUAUGUAAAGAGCCAAAGGUAGUUUCCCACGGUCUAAGGCUUUUGGGCAGGCAGUCGCAUUUAGAGCUAAUGGAACUACACUAGUGAAAAAUUGCAGGGAACCAACAGACCCCCACUGGAUGACAUGGUCCCAGAGAGAAACCAGAAAACUGCAAAGCAGCCCCUUGAAAAUAAAAUCCCCCUGCUAACCUCCUUCUGUGACUUCUACCCCUCCUUUCCCUCUCCACAGAAUUACAUUCACUCCCAUUAUAAGCCAGGCAAACCAAGAACAUCAAUCAUCUUCAAGACACACUCCACUGAAUUCUGUUUAUGGACAGAAACCAAGCAACAUUGCCAGGUGCUUUAAAGUAACACAAGAAAAAUAGAACUUGUAAGUUGAGGAAAACCCCAAAUCUGGUCUGGCAUUAAAUUGCCCUCUAACCUUGUACCUAUGUACAAAAUGUUUUAUUUCCCAUCUCCUAAGUAAUUGUGAUUCAUUGUGAAAGCUGACCAAAGGUAACUGAUUCUCCUAGGUCAGGGAGAACAAACCUCUAGAUCACCCUGUUUAUGUCAUUCAUCCAAAGCAAAAAUGUUUUGUUGAUUAUCUCUUUAGGCUAUGCGUCUUGUUAAGUUCCAUGGAAACAUAUAUGUAGAAAUUUGAUUAUGUGCCAAUGAAGUAUGUAAUCACCAGCCUACAUAAUAAACCUCUGUGCUAUGGCA